UUUUUGAACUUUGCCUAAUUUGUCUUUUGAGUGUGGAUCCACUGCCCUUUCCAAAUUUCCCAAUUUGUGUACACUUCGAGUGAGCUACAAAUCCCUUGCAGCGACACUAAUUCUACAGUUCUACUCUAACCACCCUUCCAUUAUCAAUCUCAUUCUUCAGAUCUGUCAAUAUUUAUAUUCAAAAUUCAUUUUAAAACAUACUUUUUAACUUAUGCUUUUAUCUCCAAUUUCGGAUCAGUUUGUUUUGAGGCUAUCAAUCAAUUAACUAUUCCUAAUUUCAAACUGGAGUAGUUAAUCAAUUAAUUGCAAUUUAUUGUGAAAAUUGGAAACUCUAGGUUUUGAUAUGGCAGGAUCGUCGUCCGUACAACCAGAAGCAAUAUUAGAAUGGCUACAAAAAGAAAUGGGAUACCAACCAUUAGGUUCAUAUGCAGCUUCAAGCAAAGCAACAAUGCCCACAAUCGAUUCGCUUCGCAAAAUUUGCCGUGGUAACAUGAUACCUAUAUGGAAUUUUCUUUUAAAUAGAGUUAAAUCUGAGAAAACUGUCGAAAAAGUCCACCGUAAUAUCCUCGUACACGGUCGAGACGAUAAUGGUAGUAAUAAUGGAAUUGUUAGGAGGAAGGAGAGCGGUAGUUCGGGUUUGGGGGCGUCGUCGAGUGGUGAGAAUAGUAGGGAAUUUGCUUUGCAAGAGAGGGAUUUGGCUGAGAAAGAAGUGGAAAGGCUAAGGCAGAUAGUGAGGCGUCAAAGGAAAGAGUUGAAGUCGAGAAUGUUGGAGGUGUCGAGGGAGGAGGGUGAGCGUAAACGCAUGCUUGACGAGAGGUCUAACUGCAGACAUAAACAAGUAAUGCUGGAGGCUUAUGAUCAACAGUGUGAUGAAGCUGCAAAAAUAUUUUCCGAGUACCAUAAACGUCUAAGUUAUUAUGUUAACCAAGCAAGGAAUGUUAAGCGGUCUAGUGUUGAUUCUUCUGCUGAGGUGGUUACUACUUUUCAGGCAAAUGAGAAAGAUGUUUAUUCAACUUUUAAAGGAACCAAAAGUGCGGAAGAUGUCAUUCUCAUUGAAACAACCUGGGAAAGAAAUAUCAGGAAGGCAUGUGAGUGUCUUGCUAUGCAGAUGGCUGAAAAGAUUCGCAACUCUUUUCCUGCUUAUGAAGGAAACGGAAUCCAUAUGAAUUCUCUGUCACAAGCUGCCAAGUUGGGUAUUGACCUUGAUGGUGAUUUACCCGAUGAAGUAAGACAAGCAAUUGUAGGUUGCCUGAAAAGUCCUCCGCAGUUGCUACAGGCAAUCAAUGCCUAUGCUCAAAAGCUGAAGACUACAAUUACUCGAGAAACAGAGAAAGUUGACGUUAGAGCUGAUGCAGAGAUUCUAAGGUACAAGUACGAGAAUGAGAGAGUAAUGGAUGCUUCUUCUCCUGAUGUAACAUCACCUUUACACUAUCAGCUUUAUGGCAAUGGGAAAAUUGGAGGUGAUACGUCUUCAAAAGGGAGCCAAAAUCAACUUCUUGAGAGACAGAAAGCACAUGUUCAGCAAUUCAUGGCUACUGAAGAUGCAUUGAAUAAAGCCGCAGAGGCGAGAAAUAUGAGCCAACAGCUUUUAAAGCGUCUGCAAGGAACUGGUGAUGCACUCUCUUCACAGUCACUAGUAAUUGGAGGAACAUCAAAGAGUAUGAGCAGCCUUAGGCAACUUGAGUUGGAGGUCUGGACAAAGGGGAAGCAGUAG